CGGCUGGGUAACUAAUUUGGAAUAAAGAAAAGUAUAUUUUUAUUAUCUAAAAUAAGAGAUUCAAUCAGAAUACAAUCAUCAGCAUAUUGAAAUCUUAGUUCAUUUAUCUCAAUCGACAUCAUGUAUAACAAUAUUCUUCUUGCAAUCACAUUUAUCAUUCUUUCACUUCAUACUUCAUACGCUGCUCAUAUGAACACAAGUCUAACAGCUUCGUUUAGUAUUGGUUUAGGAAUAACAACAUUUGAUGUAAUUAAACAAAUGGUAUUAACAUCUAUGACUCAAUCAAAUAAACCAACUAGUCCAUUAUUGUUUAAUUUUACGGAUCCUCAGAAUACACUUAGCAAAUGGAUUGAAGUAUCCGAUACAGUUCGAGUUGAAGGAAGAUCUAAAGCUACACUUGUACCACAUAUUGGAUAUAAUUAUCGAUCAGCAAUCUUCUUUUAUUUACUUAAUCCACAACCAAGUGGUGCUUGCUUUGCUGGUGUCGACUACAUAUUAGAUGCUUGGGAUUUGUCAGCAUAUACAGGUGUUGUGAUUGAUCUACAUAGACAAGGUCAAAAUUCUAAUUUCAAAUUGAUCUUCUAUGGAAACUGUUCAGAAAUAUUCACUUGUCAAUCAUAUGAGUCGUUUUUCGAGACAUCUGGAGAACGUCAGCAAAUAAAAUUACCAUUUAGUACAUUCAAACCAUACUUUCGUGGAGAACCGAAAUUUGAUUUACCAUCUUUAGAUAUAACUCAACUAUCACGAUUCGGUAUACAAUCAUAUGGUGGUAUCUAUGCACCGACAAAACAAUUUGGUCCAGGUUCCAUUGAAAUAUUCACUAUUUCAGCAUAUAAGGAAGAUCAAGUGCCA